AAGUGAGUAAAUCUGAAGCUUGCAGCAGAGGAAAAAAAAAACGAUGGAAAAUGACGCAGCGAUUUCGGAGAAGAAGCUUGUUUCGGUGGAUUCCGAAGAUUCCAGUUGCUGUUGCCCAAUCUGCUUGGGACCCUUCCUUCAACUUUCGUACCUCGACAAAUGUUUUCAUAAGUUUUGCUUCAAUUGCAUUUUACGCUGGACCAAGGUAGUUGCUGGCAAGCAACGUUCUCCACCUUCUUCUAUAAAAUGCCCCCUUUGUAAGACAGAAAAUUUUUCUAUCAUAUAUGGAGUUGAUGGAAGUUGUUUUCAACGACAUUAUGUUAAUGAAGAUGUUGAGGAUAGUUUUAUCUUAUCAAGAGCGCACAGAUAUAGAUUACAAUGCUAUUACACUGAACAAGGUUUCUUAGAUGACAUAUUCAAUAUAUCACAAUAUUGGAAAACUGGUAAGUACUAUCAGCCAAACUGCUGGCUUGAAAGAUGGUUAAGAAGAGAAAUUCAAGCUCUUACCCAGGAGGAGGAUGUUGACAUCAUUGUGCACCAUAUCCUUGGUAUGGUGAAAGCAGCAUUAUGGACAAAGAGAGAGCAGAAGUCACAUAUGGAUGCACAUGAAAAGAAACAGGAGGAGUUCAAGAUGUCAGUAUCUGAGGCUGCUAGGCCGUUUCUGGCAGCAAGAACCCAUAGAUUUUUAUAUGAGAUUCAACUAUUUCUUGCUUCAGGAAUGAAUAUUGAAGCUUAUGAUGCUGUUUACAUACAACGGUUAGGUUGGAGCUCACCCGGGAUAAACACCGAGGUUUCUCAAAGUGAAUUAAUUGAUCGGACAACUGUUAUUCCAUACCUGUACAUAUUUGAUGGUGACCCUGAUGAAAAUGAGUAGAUUCCUUGUUCUGUUUUUCUCAUGUUUUUGCUGUAAUUGCUACCCGAAUAGCAUAGGAGAAAUUUUUUCACACAUCAAUGAGUGCUAUUGAUCGUCUCCAGUUACUGCAGAAGGUGUAAUUCUCAACCCAAGGGUGUAAAGUUGUAUAAUGUAUGCUUGUUAUUAAUAUAUCAAUUUUCAUGGUCUAGAUUGUAAGAAGUUAUAAUAAAACGGCAGAGGAUCCUUUUUCAACGUUAA